GGAAAGUGCCAUGGACGACGACGACCUGUUUGGGUAUCGUGCUGCCCAUAAGACGACCCUCGACAAGCACAACGCCGCCGCCGCCUCCAACGACAACCUGCUCACGUUUUACAGGUCCAGAUGCGAUGCAUUUCACCAGGAACGGAAAGAUCUCCUGGAACGCUUCCACGAGCUGGAUGUGUCAAGGGAGGCGUGGCAUCGAACACAGUGGCAGAAUCAAGCGCACAAACAAGAAAUUGUGGACCUCAAGGUCGAGCUUGCUCGGGCGAAAGAUCAACUCCAUGCAGCCGAGGAGACGAUUGCGACCCUUCGAUCCGAGCAAGAAUCGUUCAAGAUUCAAGAGGCCGAAGACAGGAAGCGCAUUCAGCACUUGCUUCACUUGACCCACCCAACUUCGGAGGAAAUCACGUUUUACAAGGAUUGUCGCCCAGGCCACUCGCUGCGGUCCCCAGUGUGUGACCCGCUGUCGUCAGGCGACACGUUACCAUCGAACGUCAGCUUAGCCGCCGAGCCAUGUUUCCGGACCAUGAGCAAGCAAGACAAGCACAUGAAACGAGUGGCUUCGAACGGCGCAGCCAACGGUGGAAACAAGGGGCGCGUCAUCCGCACAGUCUACUUGCCAAGCGAGCAGGCGGAUUCACUCCUGCUUCGCGUGCAGCACCUCACGAAAGAGCUCGAGACGCACCAAACCCUGUCGAACAACCGCAUUCAAGGUCUUCUCAACGAUCUGGAAAUGGUGACAGUCGAGUCCAAGCGACAGUGCGAGGCUCACAAUCAAGAGCUGAAGAGCACACAGACAGACUUUACAAAGAUGCAGCGUCUGCUCAACAAGGCGACGAAAGAUUACCUCGUCGCGCGGCAUGAUGCCUUGGCAGCGCAGCAAAACGCCGAGGAAGAAAUGGCUCACUUGCAUACGCUUCUCCAAGAAGCCAAGGCAGAAAAGGAAGCAGUGAAGCAUCAAGCGAUCGCUGAAACCCAAGCCAUCCGCGAAACCAUCCGCGCCGAGGGCAACCUGUGUGCCGAAGAGUUUCGAAAACAAGCCGUGUCAAGGGAGCGCGAUAUUCACAUCCUCAAGGAGCAAUAUGCAGCCGUUCAAGAAAGUUACAGUGCCCGCAUCUCGAAUUUGCAAGCGCGCCUGACCAAGCUCCGAUCCCGCUACAAAGCGUUGGAAAGCCGACGAAAUCUCGACAUGGAAGGGUUUUCCAGAGAUAUCACGACGCUAAAGCGCCACAUCGUCAAGCUCGAAAAUUUGUACUACGGCACAAAGCUCACGACCGACGAAAUUCGGUUGCUCAGGAUCGACGAAUCGAACACGCUGCAUGGUCCCGACUUGGAGUUGGAAAUCGGGCAACUGCAGAGGCGAUAUACAGCGUUGGCUGCAGACAUCAUGAACGCAUGAGAGAGCGCGCGCGCUGCCUAUUCGGCUGCUUUAUUCUUGUUCUUCUCUUGAAUGUAUCGAGACAUAAACUCGGACGCGCGAAACUGGUUCGACCACAGCACUCGCCCGACCCAGUUGGUUUGCUGGCCACUCGACACAAUGUUGAGCAAGUUUUGCUUUUGCGCGUUGAAAUCAUAGUGCGUCUGGC